GUUGAGCAGCCCGUGCGAGGCUGUCCUGGAGACCCCGCGCUGCCUGCACCUCUAACGUCUCGGUUGUCAUGGAUGAUGAAGACGGCAGGUGCCUUCUAGAUGUAAUUUGCGACCCAGAAGCUCUUAAUGACUUUCUUCAUGGAUCUGAGACCCAUUUGGACACUGACGACCUUUUGGAUGGUUCGAGUGACCCCUCCAGCUCGUUCUUCUCUGCCACUGGGGGACAUGUUCCAGAGGUCCAGCCUGCAGUCCAGCUGUCGGCCAGCGAAUCAGCAGGCCUGCCGAGAGUCAGCGUUGACCUGGACUUCCUUGAGGAUGAUGACAUCUUGGGUGGAUCUCCAGGUGGAGAAGGUGGUAGCAAUGGCAUUGGGACAAAUCACGAGACAUGCGACAUCUUGCAGCAGAGUUUGGCUGAGGCCAACAUCACAGAGCAAAGCCUGCAGGAGGCAGGUGCCGAGCUGGACCUGGAUACCUUUGGAAUUCCAGGCCUUGCACAGGUGGUUCAGGCACUGCCUGAUGCCAGCCUCGCUGGAGCUGGAGGCACACCUGUUGGUGUAGGCAUUGGCGUCGGUGGAGCUGCGACGAUUUUUCCCGGGUCUGCCCCGAGCACCACGGCUACUCCCCCCAACGCCACAGCUGACAUGCUUGGUUCAGUGCUCGCUCAGCAGGGCCUUCAGCUCCAGUCCCAGGUUAUGAACAAAGCUAUUAGCGUUCAGCCAUUUAUGCAGCCUGUGGGCCUGGGAAACGUGACUCUUCAGCCCAUUUCAAGUCUCCAGGCUCUCUCCAACGGGAGUCAGUCGGGACAUUUGGGUAUCGGACAGAUUCAGGUUGUGGGCCAGCCUACCGUGAUGACUAUCAAUCAGUCUGGGCAGCCAGUCUUGGCUAAAGCCAUGAGUGGAUACCAGCUGCACCAGUCAGGUUCGGAGGUAUCAGCUGCUGGUUCUCAGGCAGGACUUGGAGCCUCGGGAGGUGGACUUCUAAUCCAAGGCAACAAAGCGACUUUGGGAUCUCCAGCUUUAAAUGGACCGGCUGUUUGUGUCAGCAGCACAAGCAGCAGCGGUAGUGGUACCAUUACCGCUCCCGCUGGGCUUGUCGGCUUUGGAAGUACCCCUCUGAGUGCAGGGGUGGCACCACAAACGCAAAAUCCGGGCCAGAUCAUGCAGAACGUGAUCAUCCAGCGUACACCAACACCCAUUCAGCCCAAACCCGCACAGGGGGGAGCCAUUCAUAGUAAACUCUUCAAACCACAACAACAGUCGCAGCCCCAACAAGCAGCUCCCCAGGCCAUGCAAAAUGAUGCCCAUAAGGCUCUUGGGCUUCAACAAAUUCCAGUUUCUGCUGCUCAGAAUGUGGCCUUCCUAACAGGAAAACCAGGUUCUAAUGUUGUGUUGAGCACUCGGGCUGCAACACAGGGCCCCCAGUUCCAACAAACUCUAUUCAAGCAACAUGCUGCACAGCCGUCCGGCAAACCCCUCAGUGUGCAUUUGUUAAACCAACAAGGCAGCAUCGUUAUUCCCUCUCAAACGGUUCUCCAAGGUCAGAACCACCAGUUCCUCCUGCCCCAGCUACAGGCAGGUGGGCAGAUCCUAACCCAGCAUCCUGGUGGCCACAUCAUAACCAGUCAAGGUCCAGGUGGACAGCUCAUUGCAAACCAGAUUCUAACAGCAAACCAGAACAUUAAUUUGGGUCAGGUGUUGACAUCACAGGGCCACGCUGGGGCUGCCCACAUCCUCUCUGGACCCAUUCAGCUCCAGCCCGGCCAGAUGGGCACACCUACCCUCUUCCAGAUGCCUGUGGCCUCUCUGGCACAAAGUCAAAGCCAGACGCAGACCCCUGCUGCCUCAGGUCAUGCCCCCACAGUGAUACAGGGCAUGCCCAUCCAGAACUCUCUGACCAUGGUGAGUCAGGUGGAGGGACUGAGCCCUGCAGUCAGCCUUCAGCCAGCCCUGCAUCCCCCACCUGGGGGAGUCCCCAGCAGCACAGGAGCAGCAACCACAGCUCAAGGCCAGCCUGGAGAAACUGUUACUGUACUGGGAAGCUCCACCGAGCAGGCAGCUCAUCCCACUACACAACUCGUUCCACAAACAUCGAUCCUCGCCAUGCAGCCUCCGGUUUCGUCUAUGUCCACCGUGACCACCUCCUCUCCGUCCACCUCCUCCUCGGUCACAGCUGUGGGGCUGGUCCCCCCUCAGACUCAGAGCAGUCCAGGGAGGCUGCUGUUCACCAACCAGGGCCCGAGUAUGAUUCUGAGCCCGGAGUCUCUGCAGAUGUUCCUACAGCAGGAGCAGCGGCACCACCAAACAGAGAAUGAGUCGACCCCCUCUGUGGGCGUACCAGCAUCCGUAAUCGUCAGCAGCAACAGCAUCACUACCGCGGCCCCUGCUGUCCAUGACAGCCAGUUAACUGACUCAUGGGUGGGUCAGAGCCACCGCCUUUCCCCCGGCCCCUCCCACAUGACAGCAGUGGUAAAGGUAGAAAUGCCCCUUCAUGUUGAGCCCCGACCACUUGCUGCUGCUGCUGCCGCCGCCACAACCGUGCCCUCGGCUGGACCUCAGCAGCCCCUGAAGAUUCAGGGCGUGUCCUCCUCACCGGCCUUAACCACUCACACCACAACACCUCCUGUGGCUGAAAGCCCCCAACCUUCCCAGUCUCCUCUGACUCUGAGCCAGCAGAUCCAGUCGCUGCACCACCAACAGCCUUCGCGUCCUUCCUCUCAGCCCCAAUCUCAAACUCCCUCGCGCUCAUGCACACCGUCUUCACAUCCCUCGCUUUUUAUUAUCCAGAAUCAAAUCGCAGAGUCUCCCAAACCCGCUCCACAGCAAACGCCGCCUCCGCAGGCGCACGUUCAGGUUCAGCUUCAGCCGCUGCCUCAACCCGCCUCGCAGCCUGCUCCCUAUCAGCCAGAGAUGCCUCCGGUGUCCCAAUCACCCAAGCCCCCCUCUGUACCGCCUGCACAGCACCAGUUUGCUGCACCGCCCACCAGCGCUGGUUCCACUGCUGUGGUAAAGCCACAGCUUCCCAUCCAGGGCCUGACAGCAGGGCAGCAGCAACAUCUGCAGUUUGUUGGAGCUCGAAUUCAGACUCUGUCAUCCAUCACUCAGCCCUCACCUCAGCAGAAACAGCUGCUGGAGAAGUUUCAGCAGUUCCAGCAAGACAUCAUGCUGCAGGCAAAACCUCAACCUCCAGUCUCGAGUCAGUUUGGUAUACAGCUAGAUGUUCCUGUUGAUAAAGCAGUGAUUUCAUCAUCGUCUGUGAGCUCAGAAACAUCCGCUCAGCUUCCCACCAUACUGCAGCCCACCUCAGUGCUCGUCAAAACUCCCGCCACAGCAUCAAGUGACUUACAGGGAUUCUCAGGAGCCCAAGGGCCAGCUGGAGCAGUGGUGAACCAGACCGUCACUCCUGUCAGCCUUACUCAGCCUACACAGGUUCAGCCAAAGCCAGGAGUGAUCAGCUCAGUUGGAGGGAUGGCUCUGGGCAAAGGUGGGAUGAAGAUCCAAGUGCUGGGACCUGCUUUGACUCAGAUGCCUGCUCCACAGCCUCCAGCUCCUAUUCCAGCUCAGACGGCGGCAUUGAAGAUGCCUUUAGGGGCAGAGCCCAGUAAAGAAGCCAGAGUGUUGGAGCAGCUAAGAAAACAUCAAGGUUCGGUGCUCCACCCCAGCUUCAGUGCUCCUUUCCACUCAUUUGAGGACACGCUACACAGACUGCUGCCUUACCACGUCUACCAGGGAACCGCCAACUCUUCUCAAGAUUAUCAGAGAGUGGAUGACGAAUUUGAGAAGGUUUCCUGUCUGCUGCUUCAAAAGACCCAGGCCAUGCUGGAUAAAUAUCGUAACUUGCUCUUUUCAGAGUCAGAACAGAGACUGGGCCCCUCGGCAGAAAUGGUGAUGAUCGACAGGAUGUUCAUCCAAGAGGAGAAGGUUGCUUUGAAUCAGGACAAGAUUUUGGCAAAGGAGAGGCCAGACGAGUUUGUGGCUAGCGUACGGAUGCUGGUGGGUGGAGCUUCAUCCCAACAAAAGUCCUCGUCUCCUGAGAGCUCUACAGGGGUUUUUAGUGGAUCUACGUCAAUCUCUGCUCCAGCACCUGUUGCUCCUCCUGUUCCAGCUCCUCUUCCCAACAUUACACCAGUUUCCCCUUCAGCUCCUUCUCCUGCUCCAGCUCCGGUUCCUCCUCCUGCUCCAGCUCCGGUUCCUCCUCCUGCUUCGGCUCCAGUUCCUCCUCCUGCUCCUAUUCCUGCUCCUGUUCCAGCUCCAGUCCUUCCUUCCCAUUCCCCUUUCCCUCCUACCAAACUGGUCAUAAAGCAGGGUGGAGGUGGAGCGUCUGUGUCCUGGUCCACUAGCUGUCCUCCCGCUGAACCCGUCAGCCAGAACCCACCCUUCAGCUCUUUUCCAGCAGCAUCUGCCUCUUUUUCUUCGUCUUCAGUAAAGUCUGAAACUGCAGAUGACGACGACGCAUUGCCUCAACGAAUCAGUAAACCUCCUAUCAAGACCUACGAGGCUCGCAGGAGGAUCGGCUUGAAGCUAAAGAUCAAACAGGAUCAGACAGGUUUCAGCAAGGUGGUCCACAACACCGCCUUGGACCCGGUGCACACACCCCAACCUCAGCUGAGUGGCCGGUCCACCCCCGAACCUCCGUCAGAACCUGCUGCGACGCAUUCUAAGUCCCGCCUUUUAUCAACUCCUAAUACCGUCAUCAGAACUCAAUCCCCAGGUUCCACCUCUUCCUCUGGCUUUACGGUUUCCACAGCAACCACCCAGUGUAAUGCCCCACCGAGAGGUAAAGCCCCGCCUACUGCAGUCCCAUCAUCCUCCACCUCCUCGUCCUCCACUCAGUUGAACGGGACAUUGGAACACCACGGCUUCAAACACAACCCCGCUUCCACUGCCACACCCUCACAGACAACCUGCCGCCUUCCCCUUCGGAAAACCUACCGCGAAAAUGUCAGUCCCCGGGUCAGACCUGGAGUCCCAGGAGGAGGGGAUGAUAGUUUCUCCUACCCCAGAACCACACCGUCACCCCCCAGACACGAGGCCUCCUCCCCUCCCUCAGAGCGGACAGUGAUAGCCAGCAUUAAGGUGGAGAAGCGAGACGGUGGUGGCUUACACACUCACACAGAGCUGAGCCACGAUGGCGGCCAUUUAGGGAACACGUUGCCGGGGCGGGACAAAAUGAACGAGAUGUUUAACCAUGGGAUCAAAACCACACAGCACCACCGUCUGUCUCUGCUCAUAGACAAGGACAGAGGGGAGGAGCACACCGACCAGGACACGGAUGUCAGUAAAUACAAAAGGUUAGGUGAAAAAAACAGACAGCGGACUGGAGGGACAUUCAGAAUGGACCAACAUGCCCCCGGGCCUCCUUCUCCGGAGUCCUCCUUCUCAAGAGAUUCUCUGCUUCCUGCCAAACGCUGCAAGUCGGACUCUCCUGACAUGGACAACGCCAGCUUCUCCAGCGGCAGCCCCCCGGACGAUUCUCUGAACGAGCACUUGCAGUGUGCCAUCGACAGCAUCCUCAACCUGCAGCAGGAGCCCUCCACUCGCGGGCUCCACAUCAGAGGGGGCAGCAGCAGGCCCCACCAACACCAAAGUCAGCGUCCUGGAGAUCUGGCAGCCUCGUCCCACAGACCUUCAGUCCCUAACCCUUCAUCUGCAUCUCCGUCGUCCUCGCUGGCUCAGCACCCUCAGGUUGGUGGCCGCGGCCACAACGGCAGCCUGGUACCCCAGACUCAAAGCAGAUAACAGCCCCUCAGACUGGACUGAUGGGGGUGACUAAGAUGGUAGGAGGCAGGGAGUGGAGGCACCGUGAGAACAGCUUCACUGUACUGCUCUGCUUAGCUGUGUCAGGUGUGUUUAUUUGAGCUGUGCGGACAUUUCUCUCAUAUACGGUCUGACCUACGUAGCCUUUGGAAGUAAAUGUAGUGACCUGCAGACUUGAACAGGCUUGAACUGUCUUCUUCCAACCUCCCUUUAGCAACAACACACAGUUUUUAGAACUUUUAAUUCUUCUUUUUCUCAUUUCAACACCUAAACAUUCACUUUCUUUCCUCGGCAGAUUGCCUCCCGGUAUGAACGGCGUCCCGCUGAGCCUCGCAAUUAAGAAAAUGCCACUGCGAUCCUGUAAAAUGUCGUAAAAGCGCAGUGUUCUGGCACCGAUUUGGUUUUUAUCACAGAGAUAAUGCUGCUUUACAAAUGCAAGCGACACACACAAAUUUUGGCUCUUUAUACUUGGCGUCCGUUCAGUCUGCAGUUUCAUACGGAUGUUAGAUUCAAAUGUUUUCAGAAUAUAAUUUGAAAAAGCUUUGUUUUCCUUUUUACGGCUACUCUGAUGCUGUAACACACUUUUGAGAUUUAAACAAACUUUUGCUGAAAUUAGGUUCUAUUUGCCUCCUAAUGUCAGUUUUUCCAGAUUGUUUUAGUUUGGGAUCCUCCCCUCUGCGCUGUUACUCGUGUUUCCAGGUUAGAGCAUUAUGCAUUUUGGUCAGCAGAGGUCAGAACAGUUUUAUCUGCGUUUCCCUGCUGUUUCAGCUUUGUGCCGUCCGUAUCCCUGCCUCCCAUCAGUUUGUCUUCUGUUGGACGAGUCAAACACAAACGCAGCACAAGCAUCGAGUGGAAAAAAGGAACAAUAAUAAUGUACAAAAAAGACUGGAAGAGAAUUUGAAGUAUAGUAUUACAGAUUAAUUUUGUAUUGUAUUUAUUGUGUAUAAUGACACUUUUUAAAAGAAAUGUACAUUUAGUAAAACUGUAAAUUAAACCUUGCUUCUUUUAUGAAACUUUAAAGUAAAUUAGUUUGGUUUUUUUAUGUUUGGAUUCCUCUGCGUGACUAGUAAUGACAAACAGCUUUUUACGAUAACCAGGAGGGUGUGUCCGCGGUGGAGAGUUUUUCCUCCAUCAGACUGCCAGCAGGUGGUGCAGGAAAGUGGAAUCAGAUCUGGUUUGUCAGCUUCACGGCCCUAAAGGAGUAACGGUGCCAUCAUCUGUAAAUAAACGGCGUGUUGUUGCACAUUCAGUCUAAAAACAUGGGAGUCUAACAUGAGGUCACGUGACUUUCAAUGUGCAUAAAUAUGUUACGUCAUUAAGAAAAUAGCAACUCUGAAAUUAUUUUUCACACCCCCUCCUUUUUGAUAGAUCCACGCCCUCUGGGCGCAGUUCAACUCAUCCAUGUGUGCAGAAAGUUAGAGCUGCCCUUAGUUCUGCUAGGCAUCGCUGUAGAAGGAGGAGGUCUGUUAAAGAGUCCAAGAGGGAGGGAGGAAGAGCAGCCUCACUGUGCUGAACUUGAGUUCCUCCAGCUAGCAGAUCUGGAGCUCAUCUGAAAUGUUUUAAACCCUGGAGAAGAAGGAUCCGCUGUAAUCCAGCUGUGUUGACGCUCCACACAGGGCUCCUAUUCGCUGGUGGAGGUACACCCGUACGUGUAGCAGCUGCUCCUCCAAAGCAAGUUUGUUUGUGUUUUUGAACAUAUUUUCUAGACUCCAGGGACCGAAGGAGGAGAGGAUCGAGGCGUGUGAAGAAAACAGAGGCUAAAGGUUGGAACCACCUAUCAUUCCUUUUGGUGUGUGCAGAAAAGACCUCAAGGACAA